AUGUCUCCUCAACUCGAGACAGUUCUUUCGCUCAAUGAUUCAAUGUCUGAUCUUUCUUUACAGAGAGUGUCACACUGCGAUACGAACGCCCAAGAAUCUUUGGGUGGGAAAAUAGAGAAUGUGUCGAUUACUCUACCUCCAGUCACGCUGCCAGAUCAAAAGGGCUCAGAAAUGACACGCGACCUUCGAUACAAACACGCUUCGACUUACCGAAGAAUCUUCGCAUUCAUCUUCAUCACCAACUUGGCUGUGUUUAUUGCCCUUCUAGUCACCUCUAAAGCCAGUAUCUUAUCAAGAGAUGCCGCCAGCGCAGCUUCUGCAAAUCUCAUGGUGUGCAUCCUGUUUCGACAAGAAGAAUUCGUGAACCUUUGUUACGAAAUCGUCGUGCUGGCUCCUCAUUCGUGGCCGCUCUCUAUUCGGAAACGACUAGCCAAGGUCUUUCACUACGGAGGUUUCCAUAGUGGCGCCGGAGUAGCUGCUACUGCUUGGUACAUGGCCUAUACCAUCCUUGCCACUCAAGAAUGGGCUGCGGACAGACAAGAGUACAGACUUGUCAACAUGAUAACCGGUUGGAUUGUUGUUGCAAUGUUCCUCAUCAUUCUCGUCGCGGCUUAUCCCAGCAUUCGAAGAAAGUUCCACGAUCAUUUCGAAGCUUUCCAUCGAUUCGCCGGCUGGGUAUCUUUACUCGCGUUUUGGGUACAUAACAUUGUGUCAGCUCGUGUUACGGCACAUGAGUGGGACGAGUCAAUUGGUUAUGCUCUUGUACGAUCUCCCAACUUCUGGUGUAUCUGUGUUACGACCUCAUGCACGAUCGCAUCAUGGUCCCGACUGCGCCGCCGGGUUGUGUACCCCGAGAAGCUGAGCGAUCACGCCACUCGUCUUCACUUCAAGUACCGAGGAAUGAAACCCUUCUACGGUCUGAAGAUCAGCGACAAGCCCAUGACAGAGUGGCACGCGUUUGCUACCAUUCCCGAUAUCGAGCCGGAGUCUGGCAAGGUUGAAGGCUUCAGUGUUGUCGUUUCCAAUGCUGGAGAUUUCACCAAGAAGCAGAUCAUGAAUGACAGUGAGCGCAAGGUCUGGGUUCGCGGUGCCCCUCUUCACGGGCUUCUUUACACAUCAAAGCUCUUUCGUCGAAUCGUCAUUGUCGCUACUGGAUCUGGUAUCGGGCCUUGCCUUUCCCUUCUCCACGCCGAUGAGACCCCUCGCCGUGUCCUCUGGUCUACUCGUGAUCCUGAGAAGACAUACGGACCAACAGUUGUCGGUGCAGUUCAACGAGCUGAUCCAAAUGCAGUCAUUUGGAACACUACUGAGCGAGGUUAUCCGGAUAUUGUCCGUGAGACUUACCAACUUGUGGUGGAGUCUGAUGCAGAGGCAGUGUAUAUCAUCUCGAACCCCAAGGUCACUGAAAAGGUUGUUUUUGGUAUGCAAACACGUGGUGUCCCAGCAUAUGGAGCCAUCUUUGACUCUUAG